AUGGGUGCUGGGCAAUCUCUUCCGAAGAUAACGGCCCAGGACAAGGCCAUACUGGACAUGAAGCUUCAGCGCGAUAAGUUGAAACAGUAUCAGAAGCGGAUAGAGUUUGUGCGCGACCGUGAACAGGCUAUAGCAAAGGAGCACCUUGCUGCAGGGCGGAAGGACCGUGCAUUGAUUGCAUUGCGGAGACGGAAAUAUCAGGAGGGUCUCCUGGCCAAGACGGACUCGCAAUUGGAGAACCUCGAGCAGCUUGUCAAUACUGUCGAGUUCUCUCUGGUCGAGGUCUCCGUUAUGCACGGGUUGAAGCAGGGGAACGACGUUCUGAAGGAGAUCCACAAGGAAAUGAACGUAGAGAGUGUUGAGAAGCUCAUGGAGGAAACGGCUGAGGCUCGGGCGUAUCAACAGGAAAUAUCCGACAUGCUGGCGAAUACACUUUCGCUCGACGAUGAGGAUACCGUCCAGGAUGAGCUUGCUCAGCUCAUAGCUGAACAGACCAAGCAGCCGGAACAGAAUAUAUCUCUGCCGGACGCUCCUGGCCAUGUCCCGGUCCCGGAGCCAGAGCCGGAACAACCUCAACAUGUCGAGGCAGAACAGGAUCGAGAACGCGUCCCGGUCCUGGCUUGA